AUGAAGAUGUACCAGCCCAGUCCUGAAGCCGCCUUAAAGUUGCUCAAUUUCGUCAACUCGUCCCCAACUCCUUUCCAUGCGGUGCACUCGGCAUCGCUUCGGCUGGAGAAGGCUGGUUUUCGGAAGAUCAGAGAGAAGGAUGACUGGGAAAAGGAGUUGAAGGCUGGGGGAAAGUACUAUUUCACGCGCAAUCAGAGUGCUCUUUUAGCCUUUACAAUUCCGCAGAGAUGGACCUCGGGCUCCGGGGUGUCAAUUGUUGCUACCCAUGUGGAUAGUCCGAAUCUGAGAGUACGGCCCGUAUCAAAGAAAUCCGAGGCAAGCUACCUCCAGGUUGGGGUGGAGCUGUAUGGCGGGGGCAUCUGGCAUUCCUGGCUAGAUCGCGAUUUAUCGCUAGCGGGCAGGAUUGUUCUGAAAGACAAAAGCGGGGGUUUCACAUCGAAGCUCAUCAAGAUCGAGAGGCCUCUACUGAGAAUACCGACUCUCGCCAUCCAUUUGGACAGGACUGCGAAUGACAAGUUCGUCUUCAACCACGAGACGGAAUUCGUCCCAAUUAUCGGCCAGAUUGAAUCGCAACUUAAUUCCGCGCAGGAGAGCUCGGAGAGUCCGAAGAUGCAGAAUAAGACACGGAAGUCUGCCACAGACAUCCAGGAUGACCAUGACCCAACUCUUCUGGCGGUGUUAGCGGAAGAACUUUCCGUCGCUCCUGAAGAGAUCCACGACUUUGAGUUGCAUCUGUACGACACUCAACCGGCGACUUUCGGAGGUCUCCGGAAUGAAUUCAUAUUCAGCCCUCGGUUGGACAACCAGCUGUGCUCAUUUGCAGCCGUGGAAGCCAUUGCGAGCUAUGCGGGCGCGGAGUCGUUCUCAUCACUUGAAGACAACGUGAACUGCAUUGCCCUUUUCAACCACGAAGAAAUAGGCUCUGUUUCGACCUCAGGCGCCGAAUCAUCCUUGGUCCCGUCGCUGUUACAGCGACUAUCUCCUACAUCUGCGGCCUACGCUCAGUCAGUCGCACGCUCCUUCCUCAUCAGUGCAGACAUGAGCCACGCUAUUCACCCAAACUACACGAGCAAGCACGAAGAAAACCAUUGUCCGAAGAUGAAUGGUGGAGUUGUGAUUAAGACGAAUGCGCAACAGAGAUAUGCAAGCGAUGCGAUUGGCAGCUUCAUCGUCAAGAAAUUGAUAGAGAGAAAGAGCGGGAAUGUGCAGAACUACGAAGUUCGUAACGAUAUGGCAUGUGGUUCCACCGUUGGCCCUAUGCUCUCGAAGAUCGGUGUGCGGACAGUUGAUGUUGGCUGCGCGAUGCUGUCCAUGCACUCCAUCAGAGAAAUAGCAGGCUCUCACGACGUCCAGGCAGCCAUUGAUUUAUUUACUUCUUUUUUCGAAGGUUUCGCAGCAGUGGAUCGCCAAUUACACGUGGACUGA